AUGGAGGGUGGUAAUAUCCUGAAGCCACUGGAUGGUGUGAAAAUUCUUGAUCUGACAAGGGUGCUUGCAGGACCCUUUGCAACAAUGAAUUUAGGAGACCUAGGAGCAGAAGUUAUUAAAGUAGAAAAACCAGGAGCUGGUGAUGAUACAAGAGCCUGGGGGCCACCUUUUGUUGGAACAGAAAGCGUUUAUUAUCUCAGUGUAAAUCGGAAUAAAAAGAGCAUAGCUGUCAAUAUGAAGGAUUCAAAGGGGGCAAAGAUUAUCAGAGAGCUUGCAGCUGUCUCUGAUGUUUUUGUGGAAAACUACAUCCCUGGGAAACUGGCUGAAAUGGGUCUGGGCUACAAGGACAUUAAAAAGGUUGCUCCUCAUAUUGUGUAUUGUUCAAUAACAGGUUAUGGUCAGACUGGUCCGGUGUUUCAGAGAGGAGGCUAUGAUUCUGUUGCAGCUGCUGUUUCUGGUCUCAUGCAUAUCACAGGGCCUGAGGGUGGUGAUCCAGUUAGACCAGGAGUUGCCAUGACGGAUCUUGCUACAGGCCUGUACACAUGUGGUGCAAUCAUGGCUGGUCUGCUUCAUAGAUACAAAACUGGGAAAGGACUGCACAUUGACUGCAACUUAUUGUCAUCUCAGGUUGCAUGUCUUACCCAUAUAGCAGCUAAUUACCUUAAUUGCAAAAUGGAAGCCAAACGCUGGGGCACUGCUCAUGGCAGUAUUGUUCCUUACCAGGCUUUCAAGACUAUGGAUGGCUACCUUGUGGUGGGAGCAGGGAAUGAUCAGCAAUUUGUCACUGUGUGCAAGAUCCUGAAUUUGCCUGAAGUCAGUAAAGAUUCAAGAUAUAAGACGAACAAACUCAGAGUGCAGAAUAGAAAAGAGCUGAUUGAAAUAUUAUCAGCCCGGUUUUCAGCAAGAACAACCACCAAAUGGCUACAACUCUUUGAAGGCAGUGGUGUUCCAUAUGGUCCAAUCAACACUAUGCAGCAAGUAUUCUCGGAUCCUCAGGUGCUGCACAAUGGUCUUAUCAUGGAAAUGGACCACCCAACAGCAGGGAGAAUCGCUGUUCCAGGACCAGCUGUCAGAUACAGCGAGUUCAGUGUGUCAGACCCCAAACCUCCACCUCUUAUUGGACAGCACACGGUAGAGGUACUGAAGGGUGUGCUGGGAUAUGAGGAUGGCACCAUAGAAGAAUUGCUCAACACUGGAGCAGUGGUUCAGCAUGAAGUCAAAUGAAGAACUUCAGUUGUAGUGCUUCGUGCUGAGUCUUCUGUAUUUGCUCCUGUUUGGGAUUCUUUCAACUCCUUCCAGGGAAACUCAGAAGAGGAGGUUUAAUUCAAUUCUUAAUUUUCUUCCGUGUGCGUUUGGAAUGAAUCUAGCAAAGUUGUAUUGAUUAAAGCAAUCUGGUAAAGACUGUGUGAAGGAAAUUUGUGAGGGAGUAAAAGUUGUAAUCACAGAAUCCUACAUGGCUAAUCAUUUCCUAUAUUUUUUUUUCUGGGAAAUAUAAUUCUUAUCAUAAUGAGGAUAAUUGCCUAAAUGUUUGUCCCUAUAAUGACACAAAGUUGGUGAAAAGAAGCAGAUCCUUGAAACAUUUGGACACUGCCAUCUCCAUUUGCACAUAAGCUCCUUCUUAAAAUAUUUGACCACGAAAUCAAAGAACUGAGCAAAUUGACAGCCUCUGUGAUUGAUUUUAAACAGAAUUUCUGAGCUCAUGAGCUCUUUGUGGAGCUUUCAUUUAAACAGUGGAUGAAGUGACCAUUGUAAAACUGCCUUCUAUUCCCAUGCCUAGUUGUGUAAAUAUUUGCUUUACAUUGCCUUGCAUUGCUAUGACAAUCCCAGAGUGUGUAGCACAAAUAAACUUCAACUGUUGCAUUUAUCCUGUUAAGCGAAGAGCCCUGUUCCAAGCCUCGUGGAGAGUUGGAGCAUGAUUGGAAGGUACUGGUCUUCUGCAUUUUUAUUCAGCCCGGCCCUUGAUUGGACGUGGACCCAAACCAAGACCUCAAAUUUGAGCACCACAGGCCAAUGUUUAGAGGAAACUUGGGUCUGGCUCUAUGAGCAGGGACUCAUCCAUAUCUCUUUUAAUGGCCCUUACCCAAAUCCCUUCACCUGACAUCCAUUUUACUAUGAGGAAAAUUCAGAUUUGGAUCUACAUUUUUGGUAGAAGCCCAUUUCUGUGAUUUAAACAGGACCAGAUUCUACUGGCCGUGCUCAAGUUUAAUGACAUCUUACUCUGUGGCUUCUAACAGAGUAAAGUAUUACUCACUUUGAGUAGGGGUGGAAGAAUCUGGUCCAUCAUAAACAGCAAGCAACAGAUUAAAGGCAACCCAGUUAUUCUUCUACACAAACCAAUUUGGCAGUACCUCAGCCUCAAUGUCUAAGCAUAUAAUUUACAUCUAAAGUAAACUCUGCAUGGGAAGGCUCUAACCUUUGUUGUGUGUACCAUUGGAGUGAGGCAGUGCCCUUCUACUCCUACAAGUAAAUAAUGCUAACUCAAACUGACAUUCAACAAAUAAUGUCCAUAUUUCUCCCAAAGUAUCGGAAACAGGCCUGGCAUUAUAACUAGCUUGUCACUGUGUUUCCACUUUAACAAACAACAUCCUCUGUAUUACAUUUGAACUUCACAACUGUGUAUUACCUUCUGGGGAAAAAAUGGUUAUGAUAUAAUGAAACUGAAAUGGAAACACA